GGCGUGAAUUUGCAGUUGUCAAUUGAUGCUAUUCAGAACAAACUUGAAUUAAAUACUUCAAGUGAGAUUUCCCAGCCAACAGGUAAAAUGCUUGCUAAAAAUUGGUGUUUCCAUGGAUCAUUCGUCGAGUUGCAUGACCAACUCGACUGACUGACGGUUAUGAUAGAGCUUCGCGUUUCAUCUUUCGUCCACAAAAAUGCUACUCACGGCAUAAGAGGCUCAAUCACAGCCGUCAAUCAUCCUACUACUCGCGAGUCGCAACUGAUGAUAUAUUUAAGCACCAAGACCUUUUGAUAUAGUGAACUCAGUUUCAGAUUCUUCCCUUUUCAUUACAGUUGACAACGAUGCAAAUUUGAAAGUGACUACUAUCAAUGCCAGUCGAGAUAUGGUUUUAGUUAACGACAUGAGUGCAAGCUCCUACCCAACAGGUAAAAUUCUUACUAAAGAUUUGAUGAUUCCAGGCAUCACUUCUGACGAUAUAAAGGAGGAAAAAUAAGCAGAAAUCCAAUCUAUUGAACUGCUCAGUACGAUAUAAUGCUCAUAAAAAGCCUUCUGAUAAAGGGAACUCAAUUUGAAUUAUUGUUUCUACAGUUGACAAUGCUGCAAAUUUACAAGUAUCUAUCGUCGAUCUUGUUCAGAAUAAGCUUAUGGUUAACGACACAAUUGAAAGCUUUCGGCCAACAGCAACUGAAACGACGAAAAUUGAGCCAUUCUGCAGCAUUUUAGAACCAAUGGCAGACUAUUGUGAAAUCGAAGGGGAUGUAAGGAUUCACGCGAAUUCUUCCACCGUGUUCUUCGUCACGACUCACAUAAGCAGCUUGAAAGGAAACAGUUCUUGGCAGGUAAAGCCUUACGCAAGAAAGGCGAAUUUUGGUGCAAUGAAGUAUGUUAAGAACUGGACAGUAAAAUUAGCAGAAAAUAAGGAUGAUAUUCCAAUGUGUACUAAAAAUCAUAGUUUUCCAGCCAUCCUUUUGUCAGUUGAAGGAUUUUCAGGUAACCAUUUCCAUGAUAUCUCAGAUUUGGUGAUUCCAUUAUAUUCAACAUCGUUGAAGUUCGAAAGGGAAGUACAUUUUCUUACAACUGAUACGAAACCAUGGUGGGUAUCAAAAUUUCGAGGAUUGCUUGACAAACUAACCCGUCAUGAGAUCAUCAACAUAGACAAGGAAAAAGAAGUCCAUUGCUAUACGAAAGUCGUCGUCGGCCUUAAAUCUCACAAAGAGCUUAUAAUCGAUCCAUCGAUAUCUCAAAAUAAUGGAUUGUCAAUGCACAACUUCAGACAGUUCCUCCGCUCGCUCGAGAGAACCAACGCGAUCGAGUUAAAGAAGGAUGACACAAAAAGACCUCGUUUGAUGAUUAUAUCGAGAACUAGGACUCGUUUACUAACAAACGAAGCUGAAAUAACUACACUGGCUCGAAAAAUGGGAUUCGAAGUUAUUGUAGACGAGGCUAAUCAUUCGACAAACCUUUCGAGAUUUGCACAAAUGGUGAAUUCUUGUGAUGUACUAAUGGGAGUUCAUGGAGCUGGAUUAACAAACAUGGUUUUCCUUCCAGAUAACGCGGUUUUAAUCCAAAUAGUUCCAUUGGGAGGCAUUGAUGGAUUUGCUAGAACAGAUUUUGGAGAACCAUCUGAUGGUAUGAACAUAAAGUACUUGGAAUACAAGAUUAAGGUUAAAGAGAGUUCUUUGAGUAAGCAGUAUCCGUUGGAUCAUCCAGUUUUUAAAGAUCCAAGAUCUUUUCAUAUCAAGGGUUGGGAUGCCCUUAGGAAAACAUACUUGGAUCAGCAGAAUGUGACAAUUGAUUUGCAUAGGUUUAAAGGAACAUUGGCUAAAGCCAUGAAGAUUUUACAUCAUUAGCUUUGUUUUUCAAGUUAUUUAUGUUCAUUCUUUUUCAAUGUCUACUCUUGUAGAAAAGGGGUGGCUGUGU